GAGUAUAGGCCUUGAAGCUCAGCAAAUCCUUUCAGAGAAAUAUUUGAAAUAAAAGACAACAGAUAGGGGACGCAGUGAAGGCAGCGGCAGGCUGAAGGGCCAAUAACCUCCAACGAGGGAAUCGCUGCAAUCUGGCCCGUGUUUGCUGAUGAUAAUGCGUCUCUCCAAAGCCCUGAUAGACAUGGAGAUGGCAGAUUAUAGUGCAGCUUUGGACCCAGCUUACACCACUCUGGAGUUUGAGAACAUGCAGGUGCUGGCCAUGGGCAACGACACGUCUCCAUCAGACGCGACAAACCUCAACGCCGCCAAUAGCAUUGGGGUGAGCGCGCUGUGCUCCAUCUGCGGGGACCGUGCCACGGGGAAGCACUAUGGGGCCUCCAGCUGUGAUGGCUGCAAAGGCUUCUUCAGGAGGAGCGUCAGGAAGAACCACAUGUACUCUUGCAGGUUUAACAGGCAGUGUGUUGUAGAUAAGGACAAAAGAAACCAGUGUCGAUACUGCAGGCUAAAGAAGUGCUUUCGAGCAGGGAUGAAGAAAGAAGCUGUACAAAAUGAACGUGAUCGAAUCAGCACCCGGCGAUCCAGUUAUGAAGACAGCAGCUUGCCUUCCAUCAACGUCUUACUGCAGGCAGAAGUCCUUGCACAACAGAUAUCAUCCCCAAUUUCUGUGAUCAACGGAGACAUCCGAGGGAAGAAGAUUGCGAACAUAACAGAUGUGUGUGAAUCCAUGAAGCAGCAGUUGCUGGUGCUGGUGGAGUGGGCCAAGUACAUCCCGGCCUUCUGUGAGCUUCCCUUGGAUGAUCAGGUGGCACUGCUGAGGGCACACGCAGGAGAACACCUGCUCCUGGGAGCUGCUAAGAGGUCCAUGGUGUUCAAAGACAUCUUGCUAUUAGGAAAUGACCACAUAAUCCCCCGGAACUGCCCUGAGCUGGUGGAGGUGAUCCGUGUGGCCAUCCGAAUCCUCGAUGAGCUGGUCCUGCCAUUCCAGGAGCUGCAGAUUGAUGACAAUGAAUAUGCCUGCUUGAAAGCCAUCAUCUUUUUUGACCCAGACGCCAAAGGGCUGAGCGACCCCACCAAGAUCAAGCGGAUGCGGUACCAGGUGCAGGUCAGCCUGGAGGAUUACAUCAAUGACCGGCAGUAUGACUCGCGGGGCCGCUUUGGCGAGCUGCUGCUCCUGCUGCCCACCCUGCAGAGCAUCACCUGGCAGAUGAUUGAGCAGAUUCAGUUUGUCAAACUCUUUGGCAUGGCCAAGAUUGACAACCUGCUGCAGGAGAUGCUGCUAGGGGGCUCGUCAAGUGAAACGCCUCAUGCUCACCACCCUCUGCACCCGCAUCUGAUCCAGGAGAAUCUGGGGACGAAUGUCAUAGUAGCGAACACGAUGCCCGCUCAGAUGCACAAUGGGCAGAUGUCCACUCCGGAAACGCCUCAGCCUUCCCCCCCUGCAGGCUCAGGAUCUGAGCAAUACAAACUACUCCCUGGGGCCAUCGCUACUGUAGCAAAACAGCCAGCCUCAAUCCCACAACCCACCAUCACAAAACAAGAAGUCAUCUAGCAUCUCCCAGAAGGAAACCAGCCUGUUUUAGAAAGACUAUAUAGGGGAAAACAGACUGACUGUCCCAGUGAAGAUGGACGCUAUCGGUGGAUUCACAGGCACAAAUGCAUCAGCUUGUUUAUUGGAACAAAACCAAAGGCUGUCUUGGUGCAGCUAGGGAGAGCACAUGCCAUGGUCCAGCUGAGAGUUACAUAUCUGGGAGUUAAACAUAGUGAAAUCAUUAGUCCUAAUACGAAGGGCCAGAACCGAAACUCAUGCCGGCUGGUGACUCUUUUGAGAUUUGCAUUGACUGGCUGUGAGGUUGCGCCUGGCCAUUUCUUUACUGCCUCGGAGUGGGUUCAAAGCAAACCAGACACUACUGAAAAGAAAGGACUUGUCCAAUACAGACGUUGCAUUUGAAGGAAGGGCGGAGAUGUCUGCUGCUGUCUUUAACGCUUCUCAGAAUAGUCCCAAGUUUCAGCCAAUGUUAAUGGAUCUAGAAAUUCUCUGGAAAGCAUCAUUCCGGGGGCGGGGAUAUCAUAACCCCUUGUGAUAAUAUUUAGGCAAAGUCUGGUCCACAUGGUGAGUGAGUUGGGCUGGGAAAUCACUGGUGCUUCUGGAUUCCCUGCCAUUUCAGACUUUCCGUAUGUUGGGGUGCUGCUGGGGUUCCUUAUCCCAGCACCAUUAUUCCCUCCCCAUGGCAGAAACUGAAGGAGGCAAAGACAGCAAAUUCUUCUACUACGCUACCACGGCAUCUUUGCUAAUUGCAAUGGAAUGAUGGUGGAGUUGUGGGAUUCAGCUAAUGGGCUUGGGAAGUACAGAGAUGGGGGGAGGGGUGGGACGAUAUUUGCUCAGCACCCUGAAAUACUGCACAGAUCUCACUAGGAUGAUUGCUGGGAUCCUGUGCAUGUCUGUGCCUCCUAGUGGUACUCACACAGGUUAACUAUAAGCAAAAGCUUAUCUGCAGCCUGUUUAUGGGAGAUUAUUGUGGGAGGAGGCAUGAAGGGGAGUGGGGAGGAUUCAGAGGUAGAGAGAUGAGAGAUGGACCCAAGACACAAAGGUUAGACCAGAACCUCAUGUUCCUCAAGGCUUGGGAGUAGCUGGACCCAGCGGCUUGGUCCAGGCCCAUCUUUAAUCCCAAAUGAUGAAUUAGAGCCAUGGCUGGUGCCAUGUGGACUUCUCCUACAGAACAGUACAACUGGUUGAUCACAGAUUUAUAGGGUUUUAUAUCAUGACAGAGAUUAGUCGUGACAGUCCAAAAGAUACAGACUGUCAAAGCAUGAAGACGAUUAGAAAACCAGGGAACCUCAAACUCUGCUGUUUUAUUAUGUCCCAUCUAGCCCAUGGCCUGUACCCUCGCCAUAGAAGCUCCUGGGUUUUACUUUGCUUGUGUUUUUCUUUUGCUCACUGAAGCCUAUUGGUGCUAUUCCCUGCAGCUCCCCCCACCACAGGGAAAGAAGGCCAUGAAGCUAGCGAUUUCUCUCUCCCUAAGAACUGAAAUCACCUCCUGGGGAAAUACUAGCUUUUCCUGACCACACACUGUAUUUCUGCGAGGUCUUGGCCUUGUGGGAACAUCAAGAAGUGGUGGAGUCACAACUGCCAGAAGCUCUUGGGACAAAUCCCCAGCUAGUGUAAAUGAAAGCUCCUCUGAUUUACGCCUGCUGCGGAUAUGGCCCCUGGAUUUCAAAUGCAAAAACCAACACCCCGCCCCUGUUUGCGGGUAUCAAAGUAUUGUAUUGUCUGUCAGACCCGAUAGCAUUUUGCUGAGUAAUUUAUUGCAAUGAUGAAUCUAAUCAUUUUCUAUACAUUAUUUUGUAAAUCACAUUGAUUAUUUAUGAUCAGGAAAUUAAAUGCAAACAACUUAAUAACAAGACCAUCUUUUUCCAACUGUAUGUAGAGAUAGUGUGUGGGGAAUAUGUCUCAGUGCACAUUUCAUUCGCAUCAGACAUCCCCAGUACAGUACACUAAUUUUUUGCUGGUUACUGCCUUCCAAUGGAAAUAGAGGAAUAUUUCUUCACUAGAGUUUGUAUUAAUAAGAAAAGAAAUAAAUGCAAAAAUAUUUUCUAA